GCCAUCUUCGAAUAGUGCAUGAGCUAUCUCAGUUAUAUUUUGCUUUUUAAUCCGAUGAGAAUAAAAGGUGAGGAAUUUAAACUUCUUCAUUGAUAGUUCCAGUAGUGUACAGUUUUUGUAAGAAUCUCAAAAUGGACAGUUCUAAAAGGAAGACUUCGGAUAAAGUUCCUGAUAAAGUUUGUCAGUAUGGCUCGGAUUGCUAUCGUAAAAAUCCAAUCCACUUCAAGGAAUUCUCACACCCCCAUUUAGAAUCGAUUCUAUCGGCAGCAGUUUCCAAGGAUAAGUAUACUAUACCGGAGGAAUUGUCCAGCAGCAAAGAAGUGGUUAUCGAUCAGCUCAAACUAUUAGCUCAAAUUUAUCCCGACUUGAUCGGCGCUCAGAAGUUGCCACCGGCCAAACAAUCCAAAUUAAAUCCUGGUCAGAGAGUAGAGCCGAAAAAUACUCCUAACGAAGACUUAAAGGCAUCGGAAACGAAAGCUUCUUCGAGAAGUCCAAACAUUGGAAAAGUAACUGCACCCAAUACGAGUCCUAAGAAGAUCAAUACCGAUAAAAGCAAAUCAGCUGUGGCUGACUUAUUUGCUGAACGACGGGCAAAAAUGGCUCAGCAACGGGCUUCUGAAGAAAUAAAGAACAAGGUGGAACCAAAACCUUCCACGAGUUCCGAUGUCAAUAGACAGAAGCAGCAGCCCUCUAAAGAACAAGGCAUUCAACUGAAGAAGGUGAUCACCCGGAACAUCCAUGAUUACUAUCCGGUGGUGGCACCAAAGGGGCAGAUGGCCAAAAAGCUAGCGGCUGCGGCUCCGUACAAUUUCUUCCUCACAACCAUUACGGAUGCCAAGGUGACCCAUACGGAGCCACUUUCAAUUACCUUCCAGGAGUUGCUGGACAGUAGUCUUGGAGAUUUGGAAUGUUCGUUUCAGAUGAACUUUAUGGUGGACAUUGGUUGGCUAUUGGGUCACUACUAUUUCGCAGGAUAUGAAGACCGUCCACUGUUGAUUCUGUAUGGAGACGAAUCGCCAGAGUUGAAAAUGGUGUCUUCUAAAAAACCGAAUGUAACAGCCGUGAAAGUUCACAUUCCUACUCCCUUUGGAGUGCACCAUACCAAGAUGGGUCUGUAUGGCUACAAGGACGGUUCGAUGCGUGUAGUUAUUUCCACAGCUAAUUUGUAUGAAGAUGAUUGGCACAACCGAACUCAAGGUCUGUGGGUUAGUCCGAAGCUGCCAGCAGUUCCGGAGGACGCCGAUACCGGUUUCGGAGAGAGCAAGACAGGAUUCCGUGAUAGUUUGAUAACAUACUUGAAUGCAUACAAAAUAACACAAGUUCAACCUUGGGUGGCGAGGGUGCAGAAAACCGAUUUUAGUUCCGUGAACGUUUUCCUGGUGGCUUCGGUUCCCGGUGGCCAUCUUAGCACAGCCAAAGGACCACUUUGGGGCCACCCGCGAUUGGGUUAUCUGCUUGGUAAACAUUCAGCUCCAAUAGACGAUGCCUGUCCGUUGGUGGCGCAAAGUUCCAGUAUAGGAAGUUUGGGGCUGAACCCUCAGGCGUGGGUUUGUUCUGAGCUUAUGGCAAACUUCCGCAAGGACUCCGCUCCCUUAGGCCUUCGUAGGGUGCCGGCAUUUAAGAUGAUUUUUCCUAGCUUUUCCAAUGUCCGUAAUAGCCAUGACAAUCUACUAGGGGGAGGUUGUUUACCGUACAUGAAGGCCACCCACGAUAAGCAACUAUGGUUGAGGGAAUAUCUGCACCAGUGGCGAAGUGACUGUCGCAAUCGAACCAAGGCGGUGCCGCACAUCAAAACGUACUGCCGGUGGUCUCAUCGGGGAUUGUACUGGUUUCUGCUGACCUCGGCCAACCUUUCGAAAGCAGCAUGGGGUGUGUUCAAUAAAUCGGCCAAAUUUGAACCACCGCUUAGAAUCAACAGCUACGAGGCAGGCGUUUUAUUUUUGCCGAAAUUUGUGAUUGAGGAAAAUUUUUUCCCGAUGGAAAGUAAACCUGGAAAAAAGCAUCCAAAAUUUCCAAUGCCUUACGAUGAACCCAUCAUUCCGUACGCUCCCGAGGAUACACCGUUUUUUAUGGAUUACCUACGAAGAUAGUCUAGUUUCUGUUCAGUGUAACUAGGGACAGAAAUAUUUUCGUGGUGAGAAUGUUUUCCUUGUUUGUUACU